AUGGCCAGCUCUCGCAAGCAGCAGAAAUAUCGCUCAAGAAGAAGACUUGCAGCGCUGAGUUUCCUAUCUAACAUAUCUCUAGAUGGGACUUACUCAAACAUUCCAGUGGCUUCAAGUGGCAAAGAGGUAACUGAUAACAGUGACAGCCCUCCGUCAGAUGAAGAAUGUGUUCAAGCUCCAUCGUCAGCUAAGAAAGAUUGUCAUGAGAUUCUGAAGGAAGUCGGUGAGGAAACGGGGGGUAAAUCAGUAGAGGGUGUUGAUAAUGUGUCGUCACAGAAGGACGAAGAUGUGUUAAAGCUGAAAACUGUUAUCAAUGUGUCAAGGUCGCCGAUUGUUUCUCGCUUGGAGCACCUCUUGGAGGGACAAGGAGGAAAAAGGUGCAGGGCAUCCUCAUACUCCGGCGGGGACAAACUUGGUAAGCCUGUAAGGAGGCUGUCACAGUUGUGCUCCUCUAAUCCAUUCGAUCAAUUCCCACUUGCUAUAAAAAAGCAGUUAUAUGGCGAAAGCCUGGGAUUGGGUAUUCGGGGUAUCAGGUCUAAUUCUGUAUCUAAUGAAUCUCUGGAACACAGCCAGCAGGACAGUAAACCAAUGCACAACUUAAAGGACAAAAGGCUAUAUUUGGUACUAGGAGAUAAAAUACCCUUGGCUGUAUGUUCUGUUUUGUCGUAUGGUUCCAAGACGGUACAAAGACCAGAAGAAGAGGGGCAUACACGGCAUCUGGCUGGACAUUCUGGGUCGAAGUCCCACCCUCCCCAAGAAGCGACUGUCUUUAUGGGCCUUCAGCAUGGCUUUAAACAAGAAGAGGAGGUGUCCUACAGCCGUUUCCUUGUGGCCUCACAAAGAAAAAGUGUCAAAAGAGAUAAAGGAAGCAGUGACCAAAAGGACCAGAUACCCAGCAGUCACGAAUCAUCCCAUAGUGUGCAGCAUGAGCACGGCCCAUCCCCCUGGCAGAGGCAUUCUCAAACCAUCCAGAGACACAGCAAUCUAGAGACAGUGCAAGAGGACACCAGCGAUGCCUACAAUGCCAACAAGCUAGAUGAUCCAGAUUUACAAUCUGGCAGUUACAGAACUGAGCUGACGUUCAAAUCUUACUUGACUUCAAUCAUUGACUAUGUGAAGCCAUCGAUGCUGAAGAAAGAAUUGAAUGAAAAAUUCCGAGAAAGAUUCCCCAACAUCCAGUUGACCCUGUCCAAGCUCAGAAGCAUAAAGAGAGAGCUGUACCAGAUUGCACAUGUUAAGUGUUCUAUAGAUUUAUGGACGGUGGCACAAGCUUAUGUUUUCUUUGAAAAAAUUGUAUUGAAGCAACUAAUCACCAAGCAGAAUCGAAAGCUGUGUGCUGGGGCUUGCCUUCUGUUGUCCUGUAAGCUCAAUGACAUUAAGGGACCAGUUCUGACCAAACUUAUAGAGCAAAUCGUAGACGACCUGCGUGUGAACCGCAAGGAACUGUUGCAGUAUGAGAUUGAGUGUCUAGUGGCGAUUGAGUUUUCCCUUCACAUUCCAGACAGUGAAAUAUUUCCUCAUUACCAGCGCCUUCUGUACAGAUCAUAA